AUGGAACCAAUACUCCAUGGCUAUGGUGGUUUGUUCGGAGAUGGAGGUUGGAGAAAAAUUAAUUUGGGUUUUUCAUGGCUUAAAGUUAUAAGUGAAUUGAAUGGUUAUGAAGAAGAUACCUUAAGAGCAUUAAAUUCGAUAUUUGACCAAUGGGAUGUUCGAAUCCCGAACAACGAAUGGAACAUAAGCGGAGAACCAUGCAGCGGAACAGCGCUCGGACCAGAUUUCGACAAGGACAACGGCGUUGCACAAAUCGAAUGUAAUUGUACCUUCGAUAGCAACACCACUUGCCAUAUUACAAAAUUGAAAGUCAGUAAACUUAGCAGGAAAGGGAUUAUUCCUGAUGAACUUACUGCUCUAACUUAUCUUACUCAUCUGAAAAUUGAUCAGAAUAACUUCACUGGUACCUUGCCUACAUUCCUUGGAAAUUUUUCUGCAAUGGUGGUCUUGUCACUUUCCCACAAUCAAUUCUCUGGUACAAUACCCAAGGAGAUUGGAAAUCUUAAAGAACUAGAUUUGCUGGCAAUUAGUUCCAAUAAUUUUUCAGGCACUCUUCCCCCUGAACUUGGAAACCUAGUCAAAAUGCAAAACCUUUAUAUGGACAGUUGUGGUUGUGGUGGUGAGAUUCCCUCCACAUUUGCCAACCUCCGAGAAUUGCGUCACAUGUGGGCAUCAGAUAGCCCGUUUUCUGGAAAGAUACCUGAUUUUAUAGGAAACUGGACAAAAUUAUUGAGACUGAGACUUCAAGGGAAUAAUUUUGAAGGUCCUAUACCAGCUUCUUUUUCAAAAUUGACCUCGUUGACCUCUUUGCGAAUAAGUGAUUUGCAGAAUUUUAGUUCAUCUCUUGACUUUAUCACCAACUUGAGGAAUCUAACUAACUUAAUUAUAAGAAAUGCAUUAGUUUCCGGUCGUAUUCCAACAGACAUUAAUCAACUGCACAACCUAGUUACAUUGGAUUUAAGUUUCAACAAUUUAAGUGGUCCACUUCCACAAACAUUAAUGAAUUUGACUUCCCUCAUUUCCUUGUUUCUUGGAAAUAAUAGCUUGUCUGGUUCUCUUCUUCCUGAAAAAAGUGUGAAACUUCAGAAUAUAGAUUUGUCUUACAAUGAACUUUCUGGAUCUUUUCCUCUGUGGGUGAUUCCGUCAUUUGGAUCGGUUAAGCCGCAAUUGAAUUUGGUGGCUAAUAACUUUAAGUUUGACAGCACAAACAUAAGUAUCUUCCCAGGAUUAGUUUGUCUUCAACGAGACUUUCCUUGCAAUAGGAACACAACAACACCUUAUUUCAGCUUUGCAAUCAAUUGUGGAGGUUCAGAUGUCAAGUCCAUGAAUGGCAUACAAUUCGAUGCUGAAAAUGCUACAUCACUUGGUCCCGCUUCCCAUUUUAUACAAGAAGAAAAAUGGGCUGUGAGCAAUGGGGGUAUUGUUAUUGAUAGGAUUAACAAUGACCCUUCAUUCAUAGCAUCCACAACAAUCCAAGUCAACAACACAAAAUACCCUGAGCUUUUCAGAACUUCAAGAAAGUCUCCAGGGUCCCUUAGAUACUAUGGUUUAGGGCUUCAAAAUGGUCCUUAUACUAUAACCUUAUUCUUUGCUGAAACUGUCUUCAAUUUAAGCACGAGCGUCUGGAAGGGUCAUCCCAGGCGUCUCUUUGAUAUUUACAUCCAGGGAAAUCGCCGACAAAAGGACUUUGAUAUAUCAAAGGAGGCAGGUGGUGCUGGAAUAGCUCUAGAAAAGAAUUUUGAUGUUACAGUGAUACAAAAUCAUAUUGAAAUCCAUCUUUUUUGGGCUGGAAAGGGGACUUGCUGUAUACCUGAAGAGGGAGAUUAUGGUCCUUUAAUUUCUGCAAUCAGAGUUACUCCUGGUUUCAAAGUGAAGGGUAAUUCAAAUAAUACUGGAAUGAUAAUUGGUAUCAUAGCUGGGGUGGGAUCUGUCUGCCUUAUUAUCUUAGUUUUUUGUUUAUACUUGAAAAGAAGAAGGUCGGAACAUGGAGAAGAAGAAGAUAUUUUUGGAAUGGGGCCCAAAAUAAAUACUUACACCUAUGCGGAACUGAGAACUGCAACUGCAGAUUUCAGUCGUUCAAAUAAGCUUGGCGAGGGCGGUUUUGGACCUGUUUACAAGGGGAUAUUAAAUGAUGGAAAUAUAGUAGCUGUGAAGCAACUAUCAGUAGCAUCCCACCAUGGAAGGAGCCAAUUUAUAACUGAAGUUUCAACCAUUUCAUCUGUCCAACACUGUAAUCUUGUGAAGUUACAUGGUUCUUGUAUUGAAGGAGCUAGAAGACUUCUUGUUUAUGAGUACCUUGAGAAUAAAAGCCUUGAUCAAGCACUCUUUGAUUUUGGAUUAGCAAAACUAUACGAUGAUAAAAAAACCCACAUCAGUACCCGGGUCGCAGGAACUAUUGGCUAUCUUGCACCGGAGUAUGCAAUGCGUGGGCAUUUAACAUCAAAAGCUGAUGUUUUUGGAUUUGGAGUUGUUUGUCUUGAGAUUGUUAGUGGGAGGCCGAAUUAUAAGGAGAAACUGGAUCCCGAACAGAAAUAUCUUCUACAAUGGGCAUGGACGCUAUACGAAAGAAACCAAACUCUAGACCUCGUAGACCCAUCUUUGACAUCAUUUGAUGAGCAACAAGCUAUUCGUAUGAUAGGAAUCGCCCUCAUGUGUGUUCAAGCAUCACCAUCAUUAAGACCUGCAAUGUCACGUGUAAUCUCAAUGCUUUCAGGGGAUAUUAUCAUCAGUCCAGUCACAACAAAACCAAGUUACUUAACCGAUUGGGAUUUCAAUGACACCACCGACACUUUUUAUGAUGAAGAACCAAUUUCGUCUGAAACUGCAACCAUAGCAACAAAUACAACUACAUCAAUGGGUAUUGAGUCGAAUCCAUCACCUAUAAUGUCGGAGCUAUUGAACAAUGGGAGUUGUAAGAGAUGA